ACUGAACCCCCAAAACCAUACUUGUUCAUUGCUCAAUCCACAAUUGAAGUUACUUUACAUUUGAUAAAGGAAAUGGCUGGCCGUGGCAACAGCAACAAGUUGUUUGGUGAAGAAGAUGGACGCCGUGUAGGAGCUGAGAUUGUGCACGGAUCCGAAGAGUGCUACCAACACUCCAUAGAGCUCCUCCAAGAGCUGGGAUUCCCCAAAGGUGUCCUCCCUCUCAAAGACCUUGUAGAGUGUGGAAGAGUUCGAGAAACUGGAUUUGUAUGGAUGAAACAGAAGGCUCCUUAUGAGCACUUUUUUGAGGCCACUAAUACCCUAGUGAGCUACUCCGCGGAGGUGACUUCGUACGUGGAAAAGGGCAGAAUGAAGAAGAUGACGGGUGUGAAGAGCAAGCAGCUCUUGCUAUGGGUACCCAUUGUUGAGAUGAGCAUCGAAGAUCCUGCGUCUCAGAAAAUUUAUUUCAAGACUCCAUUGGGGAUUGGAAAGUCGUUUCCAGUCACCGCAUUUAUGACUAGUGAGGAAAAGCACAACUAUUUGGACAAGUCUGCCAAUGAAUGACAAAACUUUAACUUCCACAUUCUUGCUUUGAAUAAUGCUUAUGGAAGUUUGUUGUGUUCUCUAGAA